AUGAUUGGCGUCAUGAUGUGGGCGAAGCUGGUGCAGCGCUGGCCGCAGCAUGCCGGCAAGUUCAUCAGCGGCGCUGUGCUCUCGUGGUCCACCAUCAUCCUCCUCACUCCGCUGUGCUUCAACUUUGCGGGCAUCGCGACCGCACGCUUCUUUCUUGGCCUCGUGGAGAGCAUCAUCGGCCCCGUCUUCGUCAUCGUCACCAGCAACUGGUGGACGCGACAGGAGCAGGCCUCUCGGACGGCGUUCUGGCUGAGCGGCACCCCGGUCGGCAACUUUAUCGGCGGGCUUCUUACCUAUGGGCUUGGAAAAGUUCACGGAUCCAUUGCGACGUGGAAAAUAUUCUUCCUCUUUUUUGGGUCUUUCAGCUUGUUAUUUGCGCUCGUCGUCGUCGUAUUGAUGCCCGACAACCAGACCAACGCACGGUGGCUGAACCAGCGACAGAAACAGAUUGCAAUGGAGAGAGUGAGAGCGAAUCAGACAGUCACAGCCGAUGACAAGUGGAAGUGGAAUCAGUUUCGGGAGGCGUUGCGCGAUCCACAGACGCUGUUGUUCUUCGUCACUGCCAUGUAA